AGAGGACUGGGCGGUGUUUCUUCUCUUUUUGUCUUUUGAAGAGCCGAAGGCGGUUUGGAAGAGCGAUCCUCUCUGCUCCUGAUUGGUCAAUAUGGGUUGGCGGCAAGUGACUCCUGGAAUCAUCCUCGUGUUGGUCAAACUUAUUGGGACAUCCCUCUUUGUCACUUUCAUUCCACAGAUCUUCCCCAGAGGGAACUUCAGUUUUGUUUCUGAGGAGAAUGGUACAGUUCCACAGACCCCCCCAAGUCUGACUCUGACUGAAGGUCUCACGACUACUACGCCUGUGGAAAUCACAACAGCAGUCCAGCUUCCAAGUCUAAGAUGGGAACGUUUUGGAAGAAGUUCAUAUGGGUUUUCGGAAUACAUGCUCGCCUGGAGUUCCAGCCACUUAGAAUGCCAGGAAUUGAGCUCAGAUCUGGUGAUCAUCAAUGAUGAAGAAGAAAUGGAAUUUCUUCAAAAUAGAACAAGAAAUGCUGACUAUUUCAUUGGACUGGAAUAUCCAGAUAACGGCAAUAAAUGGUUUUGGCAUGACGGCACAGAACCCAGGGCAGAUUUAUUUAUUAUGAAACCCAACAAUGAGAACAAACAGUGUGCAACACUGAGAGGCAGAGAACUGAGUCCGGCAUCGUGUUUUAAGGCAAACCGUUGGAUCUGUGAGAAGAAAAAUGGAUAAUUCGUCAGAUAGACAAAAGCCAAAGCACCAACAGAACAGCAGGAGCCGCAUGCACAUUUGUUCUUGCCUAUUAAAAUGGAGUCUUAUGAUGUUAUUCACAAUUCAUCAUCAUCAUUACCAUCAUCAUCAUCGUUGUGGUCAGGGCUCUUUUGUAGAAAAAG